AUGUCCUCAAACUCUGCUGCAUGGUACAAGGAGCGCCUCGCGCAGCUCGAGGUGGACGACGCGCCCAUGUGGACGGCCGAGAAGGGCGAGGUUCUCGUCACGGUCCACUCGGUCUCGAUUCAGCCCGUCGACUGGAAGAUCCAGACGUACGGCUUCGACCAGAUGGUCAAGCAGUACCCGUUCAUCCUCGGCACCGACGUCGCCGGCGAGGUCGUCGAGGUCGGCGAGGGCGUCUCGAACGUCAAGAAGGGUGACCGCGUCCUCGGACACUGCAAGGGCCUCGGUACCGGCGAGCCCAAGCAUUCGGCGUUCCAGCGCUUCGCCGUCAUCGACGCCUACCUCGCCUCGUCCAUCCCCGAUUCGCUCUCCUUCGACGAGGCGACGGUGCUUCCCCUCGGCCUCUCGACCGCCGCGUCGGGCCUGUACCCGAAGGACAAGCUCGCCCUGCCGUACCCGCACGCCGACUCGCCCAACCCGCAAGGCAAGGGCAAGGUCGUCCUCGUCUACGGCGGCUCGUCGUCGGUCGGCGCGAGCGCCAUCCAGCUCGCCGCCGCCUCGGGCGUCCGCGUCGUGACGACGUGCUCGCCGGCCAACUUUGACCUCGUCAAGAGCCUCGGCGCCGCCGCCGCGUUCGACUACCGCACGCCCAAGGACGACCUCGUCUCGUCGCUCGUCGCCGCCGUCGAGAAGGAGGGCAGCGAGUUUGCCGGCGCGUUCGACGCCAUCUCGGAGCACGGCAGCGUCGAGCUCUGCGCGCAGGUCGCUCUCAAGGCGUUCGGUGGCUCGGGCAAGAAGUACAUCGCCGCGACCUUGCCGCCUCCUCAAGACCUGCCCGAGGGCAUCUCGUCCGAGUGGGUCUUUGCGAUCGACAUCGCCCUGAAGGAGGACGCCGCCGUCGCUCGCGCCGUCUACCACGACUUUGUCCCCGCCGCGCUCAAGGCGCACUCGCUCCAGGCCAAGCCGGAUCCGCUCGUCGUCGGCAGCGGACUCGAGAACGUGCAGAAGGGCCUCGACCGGCAGAAGGAGGGCGUGAGCGCCAAGAAGGUCGUCGUGACGGGCAUUCAGGGCUAG